AGACUUCCGGAACUAGUGUGCAUCGUCAAUUCGCGUUGUAUGUUUAUUCAAAGUGUUAGUUUUUAAUAUUUUCCUAAUUGGAAAUAAGGUAUUUACUUUAACAGAAUAUAUUCAAAUGCAAUACAAUUCAAUUCGGUCGUAGCAGCUGUCAACUACUGUAGACCCUAGUAGCUUAAAUUAAGAUACUUCGUCGCAGGUCGAAAAGCUUUAAUGUAUGGUACCACUAUGAAUCUGAAAGAGGAUACAGCAGCCACUUUAAAGCGGUUUGACAUUGGAGACAAGUUCUCCUACCUUCCCGUCCUGCCUAAAGCGUCAGUGUUGAUCCCCCUGUUUGUGAGAGGUGGACAGCUGCACACCUUGCUGACUCUACGCUCGAAGGAGCUGAGGACCGGCGCUGGUGAGGUGUGUUUUCCUGGUGGCAAGAGAGACCCCAGUGACCGGGAUGAUGUUGACACAGCCCUAAGAGAGGCACAGGAGGAGAUAGGUUUACCGCCUGAUCAGGUUGAGGUGGUCUGCACAUUGUUUCCAGUCUUCAGCAAGAGAGGCUUGUUGGUGAGCCCUGUUGUUGGUUUUGUAGAGGAAACAUUUACUCCAAUCCCAAACCCAUCAGAGGUUAGUGCCGUGUUCGCUGUCCCGCUGGACUUCUUCACCAGAGAGAAGGACCACUACAUUACCCAUGGUGUUGCUGGGAUGACUGGACCGCUGCACUCAUUUUACUUUAGAGACCCUGCUUCAGAAAACCAGUAUCACAUAUUUGGACUGACGGCUAUGUUGGCAACAUUGGUUGCUGUUCUCGCUCUAAAGAAAAAACCUCAAUUUGAUCUUGGUUUUGAUCAUGUGGAUCCAUUAGCCUUUUUCCAAAAGGUUCUGCAUAAAAGACUGAGUAAGCUAUGAUUGCAUUUGAUACUCUUCUAGACUCCUGUAGCUAGAGUACAAUAUGAUAUGAUUCUCAAUUUUUAAGCACCAAAUGUUUAAAAAAAUUAUGCACUUUUGUUUCCACUAGUAAACAUCUCAAUGCUUCCCAAUAAAAAAAAAAAAAAGUUUCUUUCAAGUGCUGCGUUUUGUUUCAUUAGCAAACCCUGCUUACAUAUGCAUUUCAACUCAGAAUUUGUAAGUUUCUAAAAGCUUUUUGAAGAAACCAACCACCAACACCAACUUAAACCAACCACCGUGGAGCCGUUGCCUUCCCUCAAUGGCUCCACGGGCACAUGCAGAGAGCACCCACUUUGUGUGUAAGUGGGUUGAUGACAUCACGAGAGGCACAAGAAUCCAGGUGAUGGACAUGUAUUGCAUCAACACCAAAAUACUGAACCAACAUUUGGUGAUCAGUUUUAUAUCCGUGUUGUAAACUGGUAUUUUAGCCCAGGAUAACUUGGCUACAGUUCCUCUGCAUUUCUUGGUUUUGCAUCAGAAAUGUGAUGUCACCCAAACAAGUUUUCUAUUGGAAUAAAUCAGAGGAAUUGGGUCAAGAUGUAAUUUUAAUAUCUUGUUGUGGUUUCUUACUGGUGUGUUUUAGGUUGUUUGCUUGGGAUUUCUUCUUCGGGUUAAGGCAGCAUGACUUCUUUAAGUAUCUUGACGUAUUCAAACUGCAUAAUGGACCUUGAUAUGAGAAACAUACCGCAUGUUGUUAUGAACCAUCAUGUCUUAAAAGUAAUCUUAUCAGAAGAGCUUGUUUUGGGGGGUAUUUGUUUCAGAUGAAAUAAUUCACAACAAAACUGACUAUAGUACCUCACCUUUUAGGUGGUGAACUAUAUCUUACAUGAGUUUGACUUGACAGAAAAAUGUGGCUAGUAGCUACAAAUUCAAACUUAGAUGUUUAAAUGUUUAUUAAUUCAUUUAAUGUAGCAGCAGGAUUACAGAUAUAAACAGAAGAGUAUACAAAUGUCCAGACAAAGGCAAAGUACAUGUUAAUAAUAGUUCAAAUGUAUAACACGCUGGGGUUGACCUUUAUCCUCACUGCAGGGUCUUAAGGCUAAGAUACUAAAGCUCAAGCUACACAAAACCGAUACAACAGAACCGUCGAAGGAUGUGAAGUUGAAAGCAAACUAGGAAAAGUGAGCAAACUGAUUAUGCACAAGGUACAGCUCACACUAUUGGCAAACAGUUAACUUAUCAUGGCUGCCCCUUUUGAUCGAGCGUUUCACACCAACAAAUGUUGACAAGCACACCAACACCAGGAAGUUUUCUACAAAAACAAUCGCCACCGUCUUGUCCCUUUUACCUCACAUUUACAAAUCUCAUGAGGCGUGAAAAAAAUUAUGAAAAGAAUAAAAUAAAAUAACAGAAAACUACAGAAAUGUGAAGCUGCGCAAUAUUUUGAUCAAAAUCACACAUCUCGGUUAAAUUACAAGAAAAUAUAUCAGUAUGAACUAUGUUUAUGACUGCUGAAAUGAUUACGGGUCAACACAGAGGAUAAAAAGGACAAGGAGCAGGGACACAAAAGGGACGCCAGUAAACAUAGCAGAGCAAUGAUUAAGUUGUCAAGGCACACAAAGUUCUGUUGAAAGCAUCACAAUUGAAAUUCAAGAUACCCCUGCAGUAUAUUUCACAUUUAAAUAUACAUGGAUAUUCACCGACAUGACUGAAGGGACAAACCUCCCUCCACCCCCUGACAUAACGCAAAGAUGUGUGUGUGUGUGCUCUCUUCGCCACAGUUGAAUCAAUAUUUAACAAGGUUCUCUCGUUUUUUUGUUUUUUUUUUAGGCCUAAAUAUACCGGCUCACUGGACAAUGUGAAGGGCUGGACAUGAAACCAAAUCACCAUCCGACAGAAAACAAAUGAAUGGAAACAUGAAUGACAGCUGGUGCCACACCGACCUAUAUUCCUUUUGCCUCAGAAAAAAACAAAACAAAGCAUAAAAAAUAAAAAAAUCUCUAAAAUGGUAAUUGGUCCGAUGUCAGAUGUAGACCAAGCCAGGUGUCCACACCAUGAGGUAAAAUUUACAUUCAUGAAAGCGAAGUCACAGGUUGGCUUUCUGUGUUGGUAUGGCUUUAAGAGGCAUUAACCUUUCCACGGUUCUUCCACAACAUCGUGUGCUCUUUUUAAAAUCUCCCCUGACCGAGAGGAACGGAAUGCUUGGGAGAUGACGUGGCUGCGCUCUAACCUGAUCUACAGUAAAAUGGAUGAGUCAAAGUGCCAUUUGAGAUGCAUGACGUGAAAACUCAGUAAAAAAAAAAGAAAGAAAAGAAAUGAAAAGGAGGACAACUUGGCCACACGUUGUUAGGUUUGCACAGUUCGGGUAAAAUCAAUGACGAUGUCCACUUGAUUAUAUUUCUUAACUUCAAACAGUUCACAGUACACCUGCGCUUCAUCUCAAGAAAAGCACAAUCUCAAUGAUAUCUCCUGUGCCAUGAGCAUAAACCAAUAAAAAAAAAAAAAAAAAGCUUUGUUUUUA